AUGGGGAACUGCUUGUCUAUCGGAGAAGGAAGGAGAGAAACUUCCAAUGAACUGGUUUUAUCUUCUGUUUUAACGCCUUCCACCGAUCCCGUGCCGGACACCCAACACCCAGAGGACCAUAUCGAUCGAUUUUUGGUGGUCGCAAUUGACUUUGGUACAACAUACACCGGGUAUGCCUUCUCCUUCCGGCAUGAAUACCUUCGGGACCGUCUUAAGAUAUCGACAAAUAUGUGGACUAACACCGUGGGAUUGUCUGAAAAGGCACCGACUGCUGUACUGCUUGACAAAUACCACCGAGUGGUUUCAUUUGGGUACGAUGCUUUACGUGACUAUGCUGAAAUCACAGAGGCCGGAAAUCAAUCCAAAUGCUUCCUCUUUCAUCGUUUCAAGAUGAAUCUAUACACAGAUGAGUUGCGACAUAAUACCAUGCUUGCCGACGUCAGAGGGAAACACAUUCCUGCCAUUGUUGUAUUCUCAGCAGUGAUUGGUUAUCUACGAAACCACGCUAUUGAGCGUAUUAAAGGAAUCGACAAUCAGCUGAGUCUAGAAGGAAAGCACGUGCAGUGGGUGGUAACGAUACCCGCCAUUUGGCACGAUAAGGCGAAACAGUUCAUGAGAAAAGCAGCCGAGAUGGCUGGGAUUGAGGCCAACCGGCUAACUCUCGCUCUGGAGCCUGAGGCAGCGUCAUUAUACUGUCGCUAUGUUCCUGCGUAUGAACAUGGCACAACCUCUCAAAGCUGUGAGGACCUCACUCGACUGGGAACGAGUAACGCCGAUCACUUCAACAACUUUGGGCCAGGAACUAAAUACAUUAUCCUUGACCUUGGAGGCGGUACAGUUGAUGUCACGUUUCAUAUCAUCCGGGAGGACGGCAGCUUACAGGAGCUUCAUCAGCCAUCUGGGGGAUAUUGGGGAGGAACAUUGGUUGAUUCGGAGUUCUCAAAGCUGAUUCUACGUGUUUUGGGGGACUCAGUUAUGAUGCGAGCGCAUAUUGAAUAUCCACAGGAAAUGCUGGAGUUUAUGUCUGAGUUUGAAGUGAAGAAACGUACGUUCAGAUGCGGUCAAACGAAUGGCGUCCUUAUAAAGAUUCCCACUUGUUUAGUUGACCUUUAUACCGAGGUGCAUCAAACAAAUCUUGCAGAGGGACUGGCCAAAAGCGAAUUAAAAGAUCAAUUGAGUAUGAAGCGAGAUAAGAUUGUGGUCACAGCAGAGCUAUUCGAGUCUCUAUUUGCCCCGUCACUCUCGCACAUCGUUGGACACCUCAUCAAGAUGGUGCCCAUGACAGGCAUAGAUACAAUACUCAUGGUAGGAGGGUAUUCGGAAUCAAAGAUUAUUAAAGACAAAAUCCGUCAGGUUUUCCCUCAGAUCCGGGUAAUUAAUCCUACUGACGCUUCUUUGGCUGUGCUCAAGGGUGCUGUUCUGUUCGGACACGAACCUAAUGCCAUUGCUAGUCGGGUGUGUAGAAAUACUUAUGGUAUCGCUAUGCAAGUUCCAUUCAAUCCCGAACAGCAUUCACAAGAGACAUGCAGAAUCGUCAAUGACAUGGUUGAUGAUAUAUUUGAUGUCCAUCUCCGGGUCGGUGAAACAGCUGCUAUAGGAGCCAACAUUACAGAGAAAGUUUAUAGUGUUCUUCCUAGAUCGAAAUAUGCUAUUCUAGAUGUGUACAUGUCUUCGCAGCAGACACCACAGUUUGUCACUGAUACCGGAUGUACUAAAUUAGGAACGGCUACUAUUGAAAUUGAUUCUAUUAGCAAAGAAACCAGUACAAAGAUAACUGUAAGGCUGGUAUAUCGUGGAACAGAAUUAGAUGUAGAGGCACGCGAGGUCACCUCCGGGAAAAUUACCAAGACAACAGUUGAUUUUCUUGGUUGA